AAUGUUCGCCAUUGAUUUUUACCUGUUGUGAAUUUUCUCUCUUUCGUUCUUAAUUUUACUUUUAAUCAUGUCAAUGAGCUUUAUUCUAAUUACAGUUAGUUUCACUAACUAUUAAUAGUUUAAGUUUAGUGAUUCAGUGUUGUUAUCGUCAUGGUGGUGUAAAUAUUUCUCUUCAAUCUCGCCCAGUUGCUCUCAUUAAAAUCAAGAAAAUCAAAUCUUCGAUCUGCGCUAUGGUCUUCGAUGAAAUCUAACCAGAAUCUAAUCUAAUAAAACUAAUCACGAUGUUGGUUGAGUACGAUGUUAUGCGACUGUUAUCCUAAUUGUAAUUUAUUGUCAGUUUAAAAAUGACGUCUUCGACUCCAACAUCUGAUUCGGAAUAUCCGUUCGUGCUGAAUAAACUGCCUCAUGAUCCUGAACUGGAAGCAGCGCCUUUUGGAUACGAACCCGAAGGAUCAAGCUGCUGCGGCGAAUCGAUUUCUGAAGAUGAUACUUUGAAAUCGUCAUCGUAUUCGAAAUGGUUUAACAACUUGCCAUCGCUGUUGAACAGCAAAAGCGGUCUAAAAGCUUUUCAAAGGUUUUUGGAAAAAUCAAAUAUGAACCAUUUCCAAAUGCUGAGGUUCCUGUUCGCAUGCAAAGGUGUAUCUGAAUCAAAAGAGCAGAGUGAGAAAGAAGUUCUACUCAAAGUUAUUUAUCAAACGUUCAUUUCCAAAAACGUAUUUGAUAUUGAAAAGUGCCAACGUGACGUGGUCGUGGCCCAUUUCGAAGAAAAUAAACGCGGUGAGCCUUUAUCGGCGAAUAUUUUCCACGAUAUUUGUCGCGAUAUAGAAGAAAAAAUGAAAACCGAAAUGUAUCCGAAUUUUCUUACUUAUCAAGCGGAGAAACUUCAAAGAAGUAAAUCGAGCUCUCGUAGCAAUCACGAUUGCAAGAAGCAUUUCUUCGAGCAGCGUCGUAGCACUCACUGCCAAAGUAAGCCAGCCGGUAGAGUAAUCGAUGCCGCUCUUUUGGAACACGCUAAGCCACCGGAACCGGAAACAUUCUACAAAGUUUUGAUGCAAAGAUUAGAGAAGGUUAAAAACGAAGAAGAAGAUAAAACCAAAGUAUACAGAAGCCAACCUGAUGAGAUUCCCCCUCUAAGGGAUGUAUUAGCGCGUGUAAUCUCAGAGAAAGUUGAAGAUAAUAAUUACGAAGAUAUUUUAGAUCAACAUAUCGAUAGAGUGCUGCCAGACGAUGAAAAUAAUGCUUCUAGUAAUUAUGACCUUCAUAAAUACUCAGAAAGCAAGAAAUUUAACCUGGCCAAGAAUCCUGUUAUGUUUAAAGAUCCUUACACGGUCCCUCAUCCGUACAACGGAACUGGACCUGUGCGACGAAGGACUAAAGACGUGUAUUCUAUGUUUUCUUCGGAUUCUGGUUUCGGUACCGGUUAUUAUAGUGACGAAACUAGACGAGAUUCGGAUCACGUUUCGUCCGAACGAUAUCAGCCUCGCAAGGUGAGCGAAACUUGGGCCAGUAGACAAACUCUCGCUGAUAGCGGUACUGGAAUGAUGUCUGAAGAAGAAUACAUCCAGUAUAAUGAGAAAAUGCACGAAAGAAGAGAUAAAUGCAGAAGCCACGUCAGCGAAGGAAACAAGUAUAGAAUGAACCAUGCCAGUGAAGCAGAAAAAUACAGAAUGAAUCAUCUCAGCGAAGGAGACGUUCGUUAUAAACAAUAUAACUUCAACAUGAUGAGUUACAGGGAUCGUCACAGCUUUAUAAACGAUAUACCUUCCGUUUCGAUGAAUUCUAUCCAUUCCAUUGAUUCGUACGCUCAGGCGGAGGAGGAGCGUAGACGCAAGCUUCGUAAUGAAAUGAGGCAGAAAUUAAAAUCUCCAUCUUGGUCUGAGAACCCCCACCCAGGGCAAUCUGUUACGGGAUACUCGAAGAACAGGAUGGAGAAUAUGCAGCAGAGAGCCGAUGAUUCUGCUGUCACGACCGUCGUUUACAACUUCAGCGACGAAUCAUUACCCUACCGAGUAAAAGUACCCGGUAGUCGUAUAACGUUGAAACAAUUCAAAGAGUUUAUGCCGAAAAAAGGCAGUUACAGAUAUUUCUUCAUAACACCUUGCGAAGAUUUGGGUGCCGUCCAAGAAGAAAUUACUGAUGAUCAUCGUGAAUUGCCUUUGUGGGAAGGCAAAGUAGACGCUCGUAUUAAAACUAUUAAAUAACAAUCUGGGUUAUAAGGUGCUAAUAAUUUUUCGAUAAUUACCUAAUUUUAAUUACGCAUUUUUUUUCGUUUUUAAUAUUUUAGUACGUAAAAGAAAUACUUCGAUAGGAACGAAAGAGGUACUUAAUAUUUUAUGUGUUCGAAUUGUGUUUUUUGUUAAAAUACGAUCUGCGCAGUAACUUUCAUUAAAUUAUUUUUUAAUCGCAAAAUUUUUAAAUCAUUUUUUUCUAAUUUUUUACUUUUUAAAUGAUCGUCGUAUCGUGUUUACUGAACAAAUGUUUGUGACAAUCAUGUAGCCUAUGUUUAUAUAAAGCGUAGAACGCAUCAGCUAAUACAGUAUUUUCGAGCUAUUUUUUUUCUUUUUCUAUUAUUAGUUAUUAUUGUUAUAAGCAAAAUAUUGUGCCUUCUUUUGUGAUGUCAAUGUAAAUGUUGUCUCUGUGUGGAUGAUUAUGACAUUUGCAGCAAUAAACUGAUAUAAUAAUUUUA